UUUUUCUCCACCUGUGAUUUGCAAUUUAGGUUUCUGUUUACUGUUUAGCGCUCGGAGUUUUGUGGGCUGCGUUUUUAGUCUCGUGAUUUAGGUUUAAAGUCGACGAAAGCAGCCUGCCCGCGAUAGUUAGGUUUUCGUUGUCCUUUUUCUGACGCGACUGUGACGCAACCAGGCGUGGUUUUAAAAAAAAUCGUUUUGCAGUGUUUUUUCACGGGAUAUUUUCUGACGGCAGAUGCAGGAGACGUUAGGAGACGUAUCUCCAACACAUGCUUCUUAGAAUGGCGCCUCCAGGGACGUUUUGGAGAUGGGAGACGUGUACCAAUCUUCGAGACGUGUCCCAGGGGUUUGGAGACGUGUCUCCCGGGUACCAAAUGCUAAACCUGAUAGGGAGUCGACAGAGAUUGAUAUAUUUGGAAUGCAAGGGAUUCCUCCUGAAAUUUUGGCAGCUCAUGAUGGGGAUCAAGAUGAAGAGCCUCCUGCAAAAGAGGCUAAGGUGGAGGUUCCUGUACCUGGAUUUCUUGGUGGACUAUUAAUGGGAUCAAAUGGCAUUGGUAUUCCUCGUCAAUCAGUAUAUCCUGCUAGACCGCCUGGGUAUGCCCCUCCCACAUCAGUUCCCAUUCAUGCUCCAGUCUGGCCUACCCAACCUCAGCCUUCACAGCCAUGGUUAUCAGCAGCACCUUCUAUCCCUGGGCAAGCAUCUUCAGUGUCUUUGAUAGCCCCACAACCACCUCAGCAACCUCCACAGCCUCUAUUUCCAAUUCAAAAUAUUCAACCACCUCCUAUGUCAUCCACACCACCUUUUCGACUAUUAUUUCCUCUUAGACCACCUGCACCCCAACAAUCUACACUAGUAGUGUCCCCUUCUCAACCUUUUUCACCUAGAAAUAGUAAUAACCUACCUUCAAGUAUGCCCACACCUUCUAACUUUGCAGUGCUUCAACCAUCAAGCAGUUUGACACCAGGGCCAACAAGUGAGCUGAGAAGUUUAAGUCAGACAGCACCAUUGCAAUUGAAUUCAACAAGCAAUCAAUUAAAUGCUCCUUCAUCACAAGAUUUUUCAUUGGAUGCAGGUGCACCAUCUUUACCUAUUACAUCCUCUCACAUGUAUGCAUCAGGACCUGAUACGGGAGGUCCUUCUAUAGGUCCUCCACCUGUAAUAUCUAACAAAGCUCCCACUCAGGGUGUAAGCAAUGUGGUCUACUUGGUUUGGGAUGAUGAAGCCAUGUGCAUGGAGGAACGAAGGCUGUCCUUAAGUCAAUAUCAGGUGCAUGAUGAAACUGUGCAGAUGAACUCUAUUGAUGCAGCUAUUGACAGAAGGAUAUCAGAAAGCAGACUUGCUGGUCGUAUAGGUUUUGGGUUGUGAUUAGCACUGUUACUUCUCUGUCUAGGAGGAAUCUGUUCAAAAUUAGAAUGAUUCAUAAUUCAUUAAAGUGUACAGCAUUCAAGAUUUGCAAUUAGAGCUCAUUGUUUAUGUUCUAGAUUGUGUCAAAGUUCCAUAAUGCCUUUUUCCAAAUAUUCAGUUUUUUUUUCUUUCAUAUUGUUAAAUAUUUAAGUCAUAGGAAAUAGUUUUUACUGAGGCCUUGAACAUUAUUUGCUGGAACGUUAUUGAGGUCUUCUGUCUUUAAUUGGAGAACAUUUUUGCUCAACAUUAUUAAUUGUUGAUUUUUUUCAUCGA